GAGGCAAAAUAAAUUAAAAACAAAGAAAUAUUAAAACCCUAAAUCCCAAUUCCAAAGUAGACGCUUUUUCCCCCGCUCUUCUCACUUGUCAGUCCAAUCAGAUCGUCCCUACCACAACCCGCUCCUCAACUUCCAUUUAUAUCUGAUCAAAAACCCCACGAAGGAGUUCAUCGUCAUCUCUCGUUUGCCUUGAAAUUUCGGGUUAUGGGUUGCUUUCUGGGUUGUUUCGGUGGUCGGAAGAGUCGCCGGCGUCAGAAACAUAGAGAAUCCGAUCAGGCUAGAGCAAACCAUCUCUCUGUGGAAUCUGCAAAACCUGAUCAUCUGAUUGAUAGUGUCCCUACAGUUGAGGAAAUCCCGAAAAACUCUGUGAUUCCAAUCACUGAAAUUUGUGACGAGGCUGAAGAGAUUUGCAGUCCAAGUCCAACUAGGAAGAGAGUCACUUUUGACUCCAAAGUCAAAACCUAUGAACACAUUGUGCUACAAGAAUCUGUUGAACUCUUGCAAGAGGAGAAAGAAGAGGUCAAAUCCGAAGAGCGGUCACUGAUUGGUCAGUCUUCUUCUGAGAACAGUGAGGUUGCCUCAGGGACGUAUCCUUCAGACCACAGAUACAGGAACUGCAGGGAAAGCGAUGAUGAAGUAGAGGAGGAUGAGUUAGACUGCACUGAAGGCGACGACCUAGAUGAAGAUGAAGAGUAUUAUAGUGAUGAAGCAUUUAGUGAGGAUAAGUUGCAUCACCAAGCCAAACAAGUUUAUACUGAGGAGAUUGAUGAUGCAAAGCUGAGAAGAUCUAAUGAGAGUGUUAGAGAUGGACACCACUAUGCCCAAGGAGUACUUAACCCCGUUGAGAAUCUCACUCAGUGGAAAGCCGCUAAAUCCAAAGGGACAACAAUACAGAAACAGUCUCAAAAGGAGAACUCUAACCUCAUUUCAGAUCAAGAAGACAAAAGGGAUUCCUCUUCUUUCGGCUCAGACCCUCAGAUUAAUGAUACAACACUCAGCUUCAAACCGAAAUUUAGAAUUGAACCCAAAAAAGCGAGAAAAGAAGAAUUAACUGUUGAUGCUAGCCUUUCAACCUGGUUAUCAACAUCUGAGACGGGUAGUGAAUGCAACAGUGCGUCUUUUACACCCGAGAAAAACAAGUCUGGCUGCUACUCAAAACGGGUUAUAAGCAACCAUGACGACAGACCUAUACUAUGUCCAUUGACAAUGGAGGAGAUCAAACAGUUAUCGGCUGCAUCUACGCCAAGGAAAUCACCUAGCAAGAGUCCCGAUGAGACACCUAUUAUAGGCACAGUUGGUGGUUAUUGGGGUACUCACUCAAAGGCAACAGAUUGCGGCUCUGUAUCUUCUUUCAAGGGAAUACCAAACACCACCAGCAAAUACAGAGAGGAUAAAAGUGUGAAAUGGCAUUCAACACCAUUUGAGGCAAGACUGGAGAAAGCUUUGAACAACAGAGAUAAAUAAUGGCGACAUAGUAGAUGGAGUUAGGGAGCUUGAAGGUUCUCUUGGGAAGAGGACAACCUGCAAAGCUGCUCCACUGGUCUCCCAUCACUCCCCAAACUCUGUAACCAAGAUUUAUA